AUGACAACCCAUGACGACAGGGACAAAUUCCUGCACCAGUAUGGAGAUAAACUCAUCGACCAGGGUUUCGGAAAUCCAUACAAUAUGUCAAUUGAGAACAAGGACAAGCUGUUCAAACAGAUAAUAAAACAGCUAAUCUUUUUCAGGGAAUCUUCCGAAAUCAACCAGUUUCAGAAGGGAAUGAAUGAAGUAUGUCAGUUUUGGGAUGUGGUGGUGGAGAAUGCUCAAGCAUUCAAAGACGCGUUCUGUACGUCCCCUACUCCAUUCACCAAAGACAGCUUCCUUGCGCUUUGCAAGACCACGUUUUCAGAAGUUGGCUCAAACCGUAGGCGUGAGGAGCAGGACACGCAAUACGCCUGGGAGAUGUUCUUGCUUGACAUAGAAGAAAAAUGUGUGGAUGUUUGCUUUUCGGAGCUCCUUGUAUUUAUAACGGGUGCAGAUAAACCCCCAUGUCGUGGUUUUCAACAAAAAAUAUCCAUUGCCUUCUACGACCAGGAGCCGGGGGUGAAACGAAAUCCGUUUUCAUCUACUUGUUCCUUACAGCUAUCAUUGCCAAGGAACAUACAGGAUUCAGACAUCCUUAAAGAGCUGAUGUUGACCGCCUUGAAGGAUUCAUAUGGAUUUG